AUGUCGCGCCCGUUUCCGUACACGUACAUAUCGUGUCCCUGCGCCCUGAGCAGACCCCCAGACCCGUCCAAACGAAGCUCCAGAGAGCUGUCGCCAAAGAAACAGUCGUCGCCUCGAAAAAAGACACAAGAGGAUAACGAAGCAGACAAGAAAAAAAAGGAAUCAGACUACGAAGAGGAUGAAAUCGAGCAGACGUUUAAUCCCAAAUCGGCUCGAGCCAACUUCUCCCUGUAUCCGCCAGAGCAACUCCUAUACUGCGAAGAUUGUCAUCAGAUCAAGUGUCCGAGAUGCAUAACAGAGGAGAUAGUGUGCUGGUACUGCCCAAACUGUCUGUUUGAAACGCCGAGCAGCAUGGUUCGCAGUGAAGGCAAUCGAUGCGCUCGAAAUUGCUUCAAUUGUCCUGUCUGCACAGCUCCGCUAGCGGUCACGACGCUGGACAACACCGCAGAGAAUGGGACACAGCAAGGGCCAUGGAUAUUAGCUUGCGGAUAUUGCAUGUGGACGACCUUGGAUGUCGGGAUCCAGUUUCACAAACCAACCAAUAUCCGGUCCCAACUGGCCAAGAUAGAUGAAGAGAAGGGGGUAACAACAAGAGGCGGUCAUCGAACGAUGCAGGACUUGAAAUCACCACUGUCGUCAACAACUACAACCGGAGGACUAGAGAGCCCAGCCUGGGAGGAAGAAGAAGAUGACUCGUCUUCAGCGACGCCAACGCCAGAAACUCCGGCUGAGCUCGACCCAACCGCGAGAUUCGCAGCGCUCAAACGCUUCUACACCAAACAGAUCGAAGACACCUCUAUUUCCGCAACUGAUCCUCUGUCGUCGGACUUUGGGGCAGCCUUUUCGUCGCCCAGCGCGCUGAACCGGAUCAUGUCCAUCUACACAUCGUCCUCGCAUCUCUACGGCGGCGGGGCGAAAAAGGCCAAAUCCAAACCACCAGUGAUGCGAGAAGCACUCAGCCCAGAGGAAGGGCUCAAAAUAAUGGGUGCGGACAGUGACCAAUUAACCAUCAACCGCAUAGCCUCUGAAGACUGCACAUGGGACGACAUGCUCUCGAGCGAGCAACGAGCCUUUCAAUCUCCCGACGCGCGGUUCGUCGACGACCUACGACCACUGCCCGUGCUUCUCCGAACGAAAAGAUCCAAACGCUGCAAAUCAUGUAAACACAUCCUGGUCAAGCCCGAAUUCAAGCCCGCCUCCACGCGGUUUCGCAUUCGGCUGAUCGCGCUCAGCUACAUCCCACUGCCCACGCUGCGCCCUCUGAUGCCAGCCGCGCUGCCGGGCCAGGCUGUGUCGGCGACCUCGUUGCUGCAACUCAAUCUGGACGCGCUCUCACCGCUGCGGCCGAUUCAGUACCUGCUCACGCUGAAAAAUCACAUGUUCGACCCUGUUCGAGUAACGCUGGCGACUCCCUCGCUUACCCCGGGUCGUGUGGCUUCCAAAGUCACCAUUCUCUGCCCACAAUUUGAACUUGGCGCAAACAGCGACGUCUGGGAUGAAGCACUGCAAGCCGCGCCAGCCGCGCCGAGCUCCUCGACAAACCCGCUAUCACGACCAGGAGCCCCCGGAUACGAGAAAGUAGCCGAGGCAGGCAAAGUCUGGGACAAGGGACGCAACUGGACAACAGUCGUGCUCGAAGUCGUGCCCGAGGCCCUACCAGGAACAAACCCAACUAUCCCACUCCCCUCAUCCGAGGAUGAGGAGCACAAGGAUGAUUCCCCCUUACGUGAAGAUGAAGAUGUGCUUGAUAUUCCCGUGUUUGUGCAUUUGGAAUGGGACUCGGAAAAUCAAAUGGAUCCGGAACAUCAAGACCGACAUUCGCGACAGCGCGAGAAAGAUGGUGAUAACGACAAGGCCGACUUGGUGAAGCGCGAGCUGGCAUAUUGGAUGGUUCUUGGGGUUGGGAGGAUAUCGUCCAAGGUGUAUUAG